CCUUCAUCCAUGACAGAUACGGGGGAUGUUUUGACGUUCGGAUGCGGCUCGGGCAAGCUGCGGUGGAUGCGAUUGAGCUCCGUGAUUCUCCCCUCUCGGGGCCAGAGUUCACACCUUACAAGGGGAGCACGUAAAGAGGGAUGUCACAUCUUUUACCAGGGGGUGGCCAUCCCCUGCUGGAGUCACACCGCCUCUGACGCCCAUGGGGCGGACGCCCCCAUUACCAAGCUAUUGAUUGUCAAGCUGAAGCUGUGUGCUGUGCGCAAUGGGCAGUCUGGGAGAGGGAGUGGAUCCGGGAAUGGUGAGCGAUGCUCUUCUGGAGGCCCUCUGCUCUGAAUGUGGACAGAUUCACCGCGCCUGGGAGAACCACCUUUAUAACUAUCGUUUGGAGGUGGAUGAUGAUUUGGUGUGUCACAUUUGCCUUCAGCCGUUAGUUCAGCCCCUGGAUACACCAUGUGGCCACACCUUCUGUGCCCGCUGCCUGUGCAGCUUUCUGCAAGAACGGGACUUUUGUCCGCUGGACCGUGCGUAUCUUCAGCUGCAGGUCUGCCGGCGCUCGAGCAUUCUGGUGCACAAGCUGCUGGAUAAGUUAUCAGUUAUAUGCCCACUCACACCCACUUGCUCUCUCAACAUGCCUCGCUGUGACCUAGAGGCACAUCUUAAACACAGGUGUCCUGGUACACAGAAUCAGCGAGCAAAGCUGGAACGGACGGAGGGAGGGGAGGACAAGCUCAUGGUGACCAACCCACCCAAAUCCCCCCAGACUGAAAUAAAUGAGAGUUUGCCAUCACCACCUGCUGGAUCCAGCGCAUGCAACAAUGUUCCUACAUGGACAGAAGAUCCUGGUGUUGACAACCCUGCUUUUGAAGAGAGCACUGAAGAAGACAGUCUCCCUGGUCUGGAGUGCGUUCCUCCACGUGUGAAGCGGCCUCUUAGUAACCCCUGCAUCCAUCUUCUCCGCACUGGUAGUUCCGCCUCUUCAGGAUGGGACUUUGUUGAAACUCUACCGCUCUCUGCAGAGGAAGGUUGUGUGAAACUUCCGUCCCUACCUGAGGGAGAAAUCACCACCAUUGAGGUUCAUCGUUCAAACCCUUAUAUGGAGCUGGGUAUAAGUAUUGUGGGUGGAAACGAGACCCCCCUGAUAAAUGUGGUAAUACAGGAGGUGUACCGUGACGGUGUUAUAGCCAGAGAUGGAAGGCUGCUGGCCGGCGACCAAAUACUUCAGGUGAACAACAUAGACAUUAGUAACGUGCCCCAUAACUUUGCUCGCUCUUCACUGAUGCGUCCUUGUGCCACUCUUCAACUGACAGUUCUAAGAGAGCGCCGCUGUUCUGCCAGGCCGCCCGAGGCAGCUGCUUCGCCCAAGGGCAGCCCUGCCAGCAUACGCAUCAUGUUGCACAAGCAGGAAUCAUCAGAGCAGCUCGGGAUCAAACUGGUGCGGCGUACAGAUGAAGCAGGCGUGUUUAUCCUGGACUUGCUGGAGGGAGGGCUUGCCGCUAAAGAUGGACGACUUUGCAGCAAUGACAGAGUGCUGGCCGUAAACGAGCACGACCUAAGACAUGGCACACCUGAGCAGGCUGCUCAGAUUAUACAGGCUAGUGGAGAAAGGGUCAAUCUGCUGAUUAGCCGCUCCAGCAAGCAGACUAUGGCCGUGCACACAGGCUCCACUUUGACCAGGGACAUUUGGUGCCAUGAACACGUCCCCCCACUCCCUUGCACUGCGACCCCCAGCCCCGUCCCAAGUCUGCACCUUGCCAGGUCUUCCACCCAGAGAGACUUCUCCCAGUGUGUGACCAGUAAGGAGAAACACAUCACUGUGAAGAAGGAGCUUCAUGAGUCACUGGGUAUGACUGUGGCGGGAGGGCGGGGCAGCAAGAGCGGUGAGCUGCCCAUUUUUGUGACAAGCGUCCAGCCCCAUGGCUGCCUGUCACGUGAUGGACGAAUCAAGCGUGGAGAUGUACUGCUGAGUAUUAAUGGUCAGGAUUUGACCUACCUGAGCCACAGCGAAGCAGUGGGCACUCUGAAGUCCAGCGCCACGUCCUGCUCUGUCCAGUUGAGGGCACUGGAGGUCAGCACUGUGGAAGAACCUGGCUCGGACGAAGAGCUGCUGCCUCUGCAUGAAAAUGACUAUGACGCAAGCUGGUCGCCAUCUUGGGUCAUGUGGCUUGGACUUCCAAGCUACCUGCAUAGCAGCCAUGAGAUUGUCCUCCGCAGAAGUCACCCUGGCAGCUGGGGCUUCAGCAUUGUUGGAGGUUAUGAGGAGAACCACAGCAGCCAGGCAUUCUUUAUCAAAACUAUUGUCCUUGGAACACCUGCUUAUUACGAUGGCCGUCUAAAGUGUGGCGAUAUGAUAGUGACAGUAAACGGUCUGCCCACAGCUGGCAUGAGUCACUCCGCUUUGGUGCCCAUGCUGAAGGAGCAGCGAAGCAGGGUGGCACUCACUGUUGUGUCCUGGCCAGGAAGUCUGAUAUAGCCCCACAAGGGCACCAUUCCUCACCACAGACAGCUCUCAUAUCGGUUCUAAUGGUCCUGUGUUCUUUCUGCCACAGAGGCACCAUACUAUCAAGCAAGAUUCUCGGAAAUAGAAUGCUUUACUUGAUGCUGAAUAAACCAGGCCUUAGAAAACCUGCCAUGCCCAUGAGGCCACACCCCCUCUGGAGAGCAGCCUUAAGGUCUCCCAUCGCCAUGCUGAUCAGCAGUCCACUCUACUGGAGGUUUUAUAUACAUGUUAUCUCUAAAUGUGUGCUAUAUUUGUGAAUGCGUGUAAAAGAGACUGAACAAAAGUAUACGUGUGCAAGUAUGAAUGGAUGAAUGUGCACAGCAGUUUAAUAAAUCUAUCCC